UAUAGGGACAAUCACCUUGUAAAUAUUUUUUUUUUACCUUAUUAUUAUUGUGCUCCGAGGCCAAUGCAUAAUCGGUUUUAUGAAAAUAUUUUUUAGCAAUCGUUAGCAAGUUAGUAUGUUUAAUAGAUCUGACGUGUGGAAGUCGGUUGGGUCUUGCCUUGGAGAAUUUGAAGGCUUCAAUGUUAUGGUUUCGAGAAGGCCUGAAUAAUUAACACUUCAUAAUGAGCUAUGCUGAAAAGCCAGAGGAUAUAACACAAGAGGAAUGGAUGGAGAAGCUGAACAAUGUCCAUGUUCAACGUGCAGACAUGAAUCGACUCAUCAUGAACUACUUGGUGACAGAGGGUUUUAAGGAGGCAGCAGAGAAAUUCAGGCUGGAAUCAGGCAUUGAGCCAAGUGUGGACCUGGACUCGCUAGACGAGAGGAUAAAGAUCAGAGAGAUGAUUCUGAAAGGGCAGAUUCAGGAGGCUAUUGCACUGAUCAACAGUCUGCAUCCUGAACUUCUAGAUACUAACCGCUACCUUUACUUCCAUCUCCAGCAACAGCACCUGAUCGAGCUGAUCCGCCUGCGGGAGACGGAGGCAGCGCUGGAGUUUGCGCAGACGCAGCUGGCCGAGCAGGGCGAGGAGAGCCGGGAAUGCCUGUGCGAGAUGGAGCGCACGCUGGCACUGCUGGCAUUCGACAACCCGGAGGAGUCACCCUUCGGUGACCUCCUGAACAUGAUGCAGAGACAGAAGGUUUGGAGUGAGGUAAACCAAGCUGUGCUGGACUAUGAGAACAGGGAGUCGACGCCCAAACUUGCUAAACUCCUGAAACUUCUGCUGUGGGCUCAGAAUGAACUGGACCAGAAGAAGGUCAAGUACCCUAAAAUGACUGAUCUUAGCAAGGGUACCAUUGAGGAGCCCAAGUGAAGAAUACACAAGAACUGCUCAUUGCUAGCUUUCUGUGGGAAACCAAAUGGACGUUUUCCUUCCACUUUCACUAUUUAUACUCAGUCAGUGACUGACACUUAAAUAUACCUUUUUUGUUUAGCAUAAUUGUUAUUGCUUAUCAGAGACUUUUGCAUUAAAAGGGUUGUGCAAAUGGGAAUGUUUGAAUUGUAAAUGCGACUUAUGGAGAAAAUGGGAACACUUUUUAAUGCAGAGAAACUUUUAUGAUUUUGUUACCUCUAUAUUUGACUUGGUGAAAAGAAUUGAAUUCUAUCCAUUCUGUUUUGCAGAUAAUUACUUUUCUGUGUCUUUUGUCAAUGAAUGUUCAUGAACUGUAUGCAAUGUUCAGAGCUCUUUAGACAGGUUUGGAUGUGGACUAACUUAGUCCUGGACUUUUUGGUAAAUGAUCAGGAUGGCUUAUGGUAUAGAAAAUGGCUUUUGUUAGGCUCAUUUACCUCAAAUGUUGAGGCUCUGUGUCCACUGUAUUUUGAAGCUUUAUAUACAUUAGUUUCAAUAGGACAGUGGAUUGAUUGUGUAAUGGUGGAACUUGGCUUCCACACCUUUAUUUGCAGUGCAAAAGAUUGUGAAGAUAACCAUUUUGUAAAUGUUCUGUAGGGUGCACAAAGAGGGAACAUCUGCUCUGUGAAUAUUUCAUUGCAUUGUAAUGUUUGUUUUCUACUGUUGCAUCUUAUUGUAGUAUCAUUGCUGUCGACAUAUUCAAUAACGUAAUUUAUAGAGAAUACAGAGUUAAAUUUAGUGAGUUUUUGAAGUCAGAAGCUUUACUGCGGUAAAAGGUUUUGAAGUUCCUGUACAUCUCUAUAUUAUUAAAGGUGUUUGGUGCUAGUAUUACUGCAGAACAUACCGAUGGACGCUACAUUCAUCAUGUGGGUUAUGAGAAUAAAAGGCCGCAGUCCUUUUCCACAA